GUUUAAGGACACAGCUGAAGGCCGACUGUCUUUGAAGAUGGCUGAUGUUAUUGAGGACAAGAUCAAGAACUACAGAACGGCUCCAUUCGAUGCCCGUUUCCCAAACACCAACCAGACACGAAACUGUUUUCAGAAUUACGUCGACUUUCACAGGUGUAGUAAGGCUUUGUCGAGCAAAGGACAGGACACUUCUCCCUGUGAAUGGUAUCAGAGAGUCUACAAGAGCCUGUGCCCAAUGAGCUGGUUGGAGAAAUGGGAUGGCCAGAUCGAGGAUGGAAGCUUUCCUGGAAAGAUCUAAAUGUUUGCUGUUACUUUCAAUCUAUGGACUCUCAAUGAUUUGUAGAGUACAUCAUAAUAUUAUUAUCCAGUGUUGAUGUUGUCUUUGGUAAUGGUUUGCAAGCUUGAGGAUAAAUUCUCAUUCUGAGAGAAACUGCGUCAUAUGACCUUUUGAUCUUCAAUAUUUUGAGGUCAUAACAUGGCAUCACUCUUACGGUUGCAAGAUACUUAAAAAAUAAAGAUGCACAAUUUCAACCAAUAUUGGUGUUGUAUUUGCGUUACCG